GAAUCAAACCUGCACAUCACCCUGGACCCUUGUGACCUCAUAUCCCCCUCCUUCCCUGGCAACUUGAGGAUGCAGGAAAUUCCCUGACCUUCUCUGGCAGCUGUCCUGGGCUGCAAGUGGAAUACCAGGUGCGGCAAAGACAGGAUUCUAAACUCUGAUUCUGCUCAUUUUUGUCUGUUUUGAUCAUCUUCUUAGUUCUUUGAGCUUUCAGUCAACAGAGCUGCCAAGCAACUUCAAAUUUUUUUGUCAUAGGUGAAAAUCCUAUAUCUAGGAAGAAGCGGUGCUUUCUGAUUCUUUCCCCACAUUCGGCCAUGUUACUGCAAGUAUCAAGUUUUCAGUAUGUAAAGGAGGUCUAUGUGGACAAGAAGAGACCUAAGAAGCAAGAGAGGAGGGAAGACUUCUGAGAAUAUGAAACCUCUCAAUAAUGUAGAAAAUGUGACUUAAUCUGCCUGGAAUGUAUCCAUUUGUGUAUAUGGAAAUCAAAAUAUGUUUCUACCUUGAUCAUGGAUUAUCUGGUUAAAUUUAGAUUUCUGAGCCCAGGUGAAAUAAAGCCAGCUGUUUGGAAGCCAUCAGCUACUUCCUCUCUGAUUUCAACCUGGGAAAACAACCAUGUGUCCCAGACAGGUAGGAGAGGCAGGGAUGCUGCAGAGAGGCUGCACUGUCUCAUGCAAGAUCGCAACUCCAAAUGGAAAAUAAAUGCACUGCAACCACCACAAUCUGAAGUAAAAGUCAAUGUAUGGGACAUAAAGCCUCCUGAUUUUAGUUAUAAACUGUAUACAUCUUUGAGGCUUGCGGAAAAGCCAUCAAGGACCAUCAUGGAAGAAGGAAGAAGAAAAAUCCCUGAUUUUCCAGGAAAAAUGGUUCACCUUCCCAGCCUAAGGAAUCCUCCCAAGAAGGCCAUAUCUCCUAAAUUUAUAACUACAUUCCCACGUCUGGAUUCACAUAAAGCAAAGUUAAUGUUUGUGGAGAGUGGAAAAUAUCCAAAUGGUGUAUACCUCAAUCCAAAACCACAUGACUUUCGACAGAAUGAACAUAAUUUACCAAAUUUUGUGAUGACUUAUGAAAAGGAUCCUUUUGGAUUAAAAUUUAAGUCACAACACUUAAGUACAGUAAGUGGGUGCCCAUCGCUGAAAAAUGGUCAGCAGAACAGUACAGAAAGAUUUAUCACUUACAAGCCUCGUGAAUGCACCUGGGAUUCAAAGCUAAUUUUACCAAAAGCCCCUUGGCCCGUUAAAUCUGCUUCAUACACAAGACACAGAAGGCGGCGAGAUGCAUACAGUGCGUUUAUGGAUCGUGUGGAAGAAAAGUUUAAUAAGACAUGCAAGAACAAUGGGCAAAAAGUUUAAGAUUUCUUGUUGAACACUUAGAUUAACUCCUUAGAAUUACUACUCAAAUGACUGUUCUCACUACUAUGUACUUUAUCCUACAGAAGCUCUA